UGCAGUGAGCUGAGAAUUAAGGAAGGAAGGCGACAGCGACACUACUAAAAAAAGGCUUCAUUUCCAUUGCGAGAAGUUGUGAAUAGUCUAUCUUUCAAAUACGAAGUUUUACACUUUAACUUUAAAAUGGGGCUACGAUCCAGGGGAAAACUAUUACUCUUAAUGACUGUUUUUGGUUCAUUUUCGCUCCUGUUGUUGCAGUCUCGAAGCGGUGAAAUGGAUGGUAACUACCAGUCCUAUGAGAGCCGCCUGGAAGAACUGCGGAACAGACUUCAAAGUACAGAGAGACAGAACCAAGCAAGGGCAGUAGAAUUACAUCAUCUCCAGCAACAGUUGAGGAGGGUUGCUGAGGUGACGGGAAAUAGCUCCUAUCUCAGAGAUGAGCAUCUCAACCCUCUGCUGGCUCAGCUCAACGCUCAAAACCUCAACAUGUCUAACUUCCUCCAUCUUCCGUCCGUUCUGGAGUACAUGCCUCACCUUAAAAAGAACCCUGUGGGACUCCAGCCUGCCUUCCAGCUUUCUCAGGGCAACACUGGAGUGUCCAUCGUGAUUGGAGUACCUACUAUCAAGAGAGACGUACAGAGCUACCUGAUGGAAACACUUCAUUCUCUUGUCAAUGGGCUGUCACAAGAGGAGAAACUUGAGUGUCUUAUUGUUGUCUUCAUUGCAGAGGUGGACAAAGAUUAUGUAACGAAGGAAGCAGCUGGAAUCCAAAAAGAAUUUUCUGCAGAGGUAGAUUCUGGAUUAAUCGAAGUUAUAUCACCCCCAGCGGAGUAUUAUCCUGAUCUAAACAGCAUCAAAGAGACAUUUGGUGAUACAUCAGAAAGAGUCAAAUGGAGAACGAAACAAAAUCUGGACUUUUCAUUUUUGAUGAUGUACAGCAGAAUAAGAGGAACAUACUAUUGUCAGCUUGAGGAUGACAUAGUUGCAGUUCCUGGCUACCUGACAACAAUGAAGAAUUUUGCCAUGCAACAGAGCACCAAGGAUUGGCUUCUCCUGGAAUUCUCUUCCCUGGGAUUUAUUGGUAAACUGUUCAAGUCGAGCGAUCUUAACUUGGUGGUUGAGUUCUUCUUGAUGUUUCACAUGGAGAAACCCAUUGACUGGCUUUUAGAUCACAUCCUCUAUGUAAAAGUCUGCAACCCGGAAAAAGAUCCUAAACAUUGUGGACGACAAAAGGCCGGCUUUAGGAUACGCUACAAACCUUCCCUCUUCCAGCAUAUAGGACUCCAUUCAUCACUCAAAGGAAAAUUACAGAAAUUAAAAGAUAGAGAUUUUAAGAAAGGUAUGAAGUUACCGCAGCAUACGAACCCGCCAGCUGAGGUGUCUUCUACCAUUAGACAUUACCUCCGAUACACGCUGGACAAGGCUUACUUGGGUCAAGAAAUCUUCUGGGGUAACACGCCCUCAGCAGGGGAUCAAGUCAAGUUCCAUUUUAACACUCCCAUUGUCAUAGAACAAUACCGGUUUAUUAGUAGUAAUACUGAGAACCCGGGGGAUAAAUUUUACAACACCUCGGUAGAAGUGUUACCUAGUUACCAUCAGGAGAAGAAAGAAGGCAUCCUAGAGGCAGACAAUGCAGCGGAGCUUAAUCUCAAACGAACAGAAGAUGGAUUUAUCCAAGUUGGUAAAUUUGAAGAUGGCCGUGCUAUAGGAAAUAUAGAAAGCAAAAUAGGAGCAGUGCAGGAGAUAAGAUUACGUGUAUUAUCAGAAGCCAAGAACUGGGUUAUAUUGUCAGAGAUUUAUAUUGUUGCCAAGCAGACCAGGUGACGACAGCUUUAACACUUCAUGAAAUCAUCUCCAGCCAAGGAUUAUUUUAAGAGUAUCUAAAACGAACCAUACUUUGAUAUUUAUAUGUGCUAAGAAGCAGUUUACAUUGUGUGUCAGAUAUUUUUGAAACGUUAGUACCCUCAUGUCUAUUCAGUGUGUGUUUUUGAAAGAAUCGUCAAAUGCGAUGUUUGUGAAAAACCUCUUUCACACAUGAUACUUCAAAACCACAUAAAAAAGUUACCAAAAGCAAACUAAAAAAACUUAUGGAGUAUAAUUUUCUUCACAGUUCUGUAUCUUAUAAAACACAGAUAGUUGACCUCUCGUUAGGGCCUGUUUUUUUAGUGCAUCUACCUGUUUUCACCCCACUUGCCAUUUACAUUGUAUUUACUAGUAAAAUAGUUUCAUUUUGCUGCAGCCCGUCUUUACAGAGGGUUUACCCUGCCAUGUAUGAAUGGGGCUUUUAGUGGCAGGUUCCCUUCCAAUCCUUUUACUUGGACGACUUUUUCCUCUACUUUUUCUCAAAUUCUGAUAUACUUAAGAAUGAUUAUUUUUGACAAUUCUUUUCUAAUGAUGCAAUGUAUAUUAUGUUCACGAAAGAAGUAUGUAAAGCAUUUAAAAAUUGCAACAUUAUUAUUGUUUCGAUUUUGGUAAUGCACCGCUUUGUUUUGUAAUAAUGUUAUAUUAUACAUGAUAUGUGAAAGUGGAACAUAUAUUUGAACCUUGAACUUUGACCCCUUUAAUCCCAUGCUGGUACUAACAUUAAAACCUGCACUGGGUUAUAAGCUCAGAGUAAGACUAAUGCAACAAGGGACUUUAAUGGAAGUCUUUAAGUUUUACAGAGGUUUUCCCUUUGUUAAACCAUGAUUUACAAGAAUUUUGGGGUUAACUUAAUUUACAGCACAUGUCUUUGCAUGCAGGAUAAUGAACGACUUCAUUGUGACUUACCAGUAUGUAAAAACCAGAGUUUAUUUCACAACAUGAAACGUUGAUGACUCUCGACCCACUUGCGAAGUUUGUGAGAGUUUCAUUCCUGCUAGGUUAUUGUAAUUUCCACUGUACUAUGUUACUUUCUGAGCCAGACUCUCGUUUGAUGAUAGAAGUGAGGUCCACUGGGUCAGCUGUCAGUCGGUUGGGGGAUGGUCAGUCUGUUGGGGUUGGGGUUG